UCAAUAUGGCGCAACCAGCAACAAUCCGGGACAAUCAUAAUGAACCAUCCGUCAUACAUUCUACUGUACAUUCUGCUGUCCAAUAUGUAGGGAAUUAAAGGAUAAAGAAAUGGAGCAAAAUGAAACAGCAGACAAUGAGAGAAAGUCAAAUGAUACACUUGCAAAGAAAGCGCAUGAAGGUUAUUCAGAUUUGGAGAAAGAAGUAUCAUCAUUGAAAGAAGAACUGGAGACUUUGAAAAAGAAGUUUGAAAGAACGGAGAAACUUCUUGAGAAAACUGAGUUUGAAAGAGAAAGCUCAUCAAAAUAUGUCGAGUCAUUUCGUGAGCAAGUUAGUCAACUUCAUGAGAAACUUGCUGCUGAAAAGAAAAAGAAUGAACAUCUUGAAGCACUUUUGAAACAGAAAGAAGAAAAUAACAAAGAAGGAGGGAAUUCAGCAGCAGCACAUGGAAAUCCCGAAACUGGAAAGGAUAUUGCGUCUUCAAUAAGGGAAGCAGCGAAGGAGAUUGCCUCCUCAGUGAGACAAGAGAUUUCAUCGUCUAUAAAUCAAGCGUCUAAAGACAUCGCGACGUCAAUACGAGAAGCUGCACAACAGGCGACUACAAGUCAUGGAUUUGUAUUUGACGAGAAGACAGGAUUGUAUUAUGACUAUAAUACUGGAUAUUAUUACAACCCUAAUACGAGAUUGUACUACGAUUAUCGUACUGGUAUCUACUAUACCUUCAACCAAGAAAGAGGUGCAUAUGAAUUCUACUCGCAAGUUUCUGCAAGUAACGCAAGCACGCAAGACCAGCAGAAUACGACGGAAGACACAAAAAAUCAGACUGCAGCUGAACUAGUCUCAAAGAAAAUAAGUAAAAACAGACGAUCUUCGGCCGGGAAAGAUACUGUGGUUAAGAAAAAUCAAACAAAUAGGAUGGAUUUAGUUGAAUCUGGGAGUGAGGAUGGCGAAAUAGUUGAGGUGGAAGAUGUUGAAGAAGAUGAUAAUAAUGAUGACGAUAAUGAUGAUAAUGAUGCUGAGGACGAUGAUGAGGAGGAGGUCAAGGAAAAGAAAUAUCCUCCGUGUAUUCGAGCCAUUGUGAUGCAAUCUGAUAAAUUACCUGUUGGAAAUUUAAAUAUUAUAACCUGUAUGGGACUCACAUUUGGACGGUAUGCCGAAUAUGAGUCAGCUGUGAGUGGUUAUAAACCAUUUAAGAUGCAAUCAAGGCGAUAUGAUCGUUUUAUGUUUUCUAGUAUGGAUGGAGGAAGCAAUGUCUUACAACUGUCUGAUAUUGAAGUCAGUAAGGAACAUGCUAAAGUAUAUUUUGACAAAGAAAGCAACGAGUAUUUUGUUAAAGAUCUUGGAAGUCAAAAUGGAACGUUCAUUAAUGGAACUAGAAUCAGUGAAAGUAAACAAGAAAGCGAAGGACAUAAAUUAAGUCAUGGAGAACAAUUAAAGAUUGGUUCAACAACAUUUUUAUUACAUAUUCAUCCUGGUAGUGAAACAUGUGACGAAUGUGAACCCGGUCAAGUACAAGCACAGUUGAAGGCAAAAGAGUCUGAGGACGAAGUUCAGAUAACGCGCGUUGUGACCUCAAGAAGUGAUGGAAAAUCAGAGGCUUCAAGAAAGAAAGAAUUGAAGAGAUUAAAGAAACGAUACAUGCUUGAGAAUAGCGAGCACGAAGUAAACUCUGAGAUUGCCUCAAACAAUGCUGGGAAAUACAAAGACAGAGCUCAAACCAGGCGAAAGAAAGUCGGCAGUGAAACUCCCGGGAACCAGGCCACGGAAUCUCCCUCCUCGGUAUUCAAACCAAUCCAAGUUGAAAAUAAAGGACGGAUGAUGCUGGAAAAAAUGGGUUGGACAGAUGGAGAAGGACUGGGGAAAGCUAAAAGUGGAAUUACUGAACCGGUGAUGGCAACUAAACGUGAAACAGGACGUGGUUUAGGUUAUGGUGCAGUAAGUUCUAUAGACAUGUCUCAUAAAACUUCAAAAUCGUUUACGUGGAAGAAAACUCAAGAUAGAUACAAUGCAAUAGGGAGAGGUCGAGCAGCGACGUCAUCUCAAGGGCCAGUCAGUAUGAACUGGGUAAAGAAAGCCUCAAAACAUGAAACUUUUGACAUAUUUGCCGAUGACACGUGACCUCUAAAAUGAGGUCGUGUCGUGUUCGAUUAUGAUUCGUGACAUGAUUGAUCAUUACACGUGACCAAAAUUUGCCAUGACAUAGUUGGUGGUUAGCAUCGGGGUUUUGAGUGUCAUAGCCAGUAAACUCUAUGAUGGAGGGUCGGUCAUAACCAGUAAACUCUAUGAUGAAGGGUCAUAGCCAGUAAACUCUAUGAUGGAGGGUCAUAGCCAGUAAACUCUAUGAUGGAGGGUCAUAACCAGUAAACUCUAUGAUGAAGGGUCAUAACCAGUAAACUUUAUGAUGGAGGGUCAUAACCAGUAAACUUUAUGAUGGAGAGUCAUAACCAGUAAACUUUAUGAUGGAGGGUCAUAACCAGUAAACUUUAUGAUGGAGGGUCAUAACCAGUAAACUUUAUGAUGGAGGGUCAUAACCAGUUAACUUUAUAAUGGAGGGUCAUAACCAGUAAACUUUAUGAUGGAGGGUCAUAACCAGUAAACUCUAUGAUGGAGGGUCAUAGCCAGUAAACUUUAUGAUGGAGGGUCAUAACCAGUAAACUUUAUGAUGGAGGGUCAUAACCAGUAAACUUUAUGAUGGAGGGUCAUAACCAGUAAAUUUUAUAAUGGAGGGUCAUAACCAGUAAACUUUAUGAUGGAGGGUCAUAACCAGUAAACUCUAUGAUGGAGGGUCAUAGCCAGUAAACUUUAUGAUGGAGGGUCAUAACCAGUAAACUCUAUGAUGGAGGGUCAUAGCCAGUAAACUCUAUGAUGGAGGGUCAUAACCAGUAAACUCUAUGAUGGAGGGUCAUAACCAGUAAACUCUAUGAUGAAGGGUCAUAACCAGUAAACUUUAUGAUGGAGGGUCAUAACCAGUAAACUUUAUGAUGGAGGGUCAUAAUCAGUAAACUCUAUGAUGGAGGUUCAUAACCAGUAAACUUUAUGAUGGUGGGUCAUAACCAGUAAACUUUAUGAUGGAGGGUCAUAACCAGUAAACUUUAUGAUGAAGGUCGCCGACGAAAUUUUUCUCCUUGUAAACGGUCUUUGCCAUCUCAUACGGUUCUUGUUAUUCCUUACGGCCUUUACCCUCCCAUGCGGUCUUUGAAAUCCUAAAUAGUUCUUGCCAUUCCAUACGGUCUUUACCCUGCCAUACGGUCUUUACCCUCCCAUACCGUCUUUACAUCCCGUAGGGUCUUUGACAUCCUACACAGUUCUUGCCAUUCCAUACGGUCUUUACCCUCCCAUAUGGUCUUUGCCCUCACAUACGAUCUUUGCUGUGCCCGCUCGUGCUACAUCUCGCAGUUUUUGCCACGGGCUUCCACGCGCUUGAGAUCGCACAAGGAAAUAGUAGGAAAUAUUUAUAGUAAAUGUAUAGAGUGGGGCUAAAUUAAACCUAGAGUUUGAAGAUUUUCUAGAGAACACGUUGGAAGUAGAUUCUCCCUUUGAUUGUUAGAAACAGAAAAAAAAGGAGCAGAAAUUGCGGGGUUAGAUCUGCUUGUAACGUUCCCUAUUAUCCCUUUUACUGCCUCCUUCUCAAAUCCAGCAAAAAGAUAAGUACUCAACCUCAUUUCCAAGCUAAUUGCUACAGCACUGGCUACGUUAUCUCUGCAUGGCACCUGGACUGAUCACAUUUCUCUCACACAACUUCUCAAGAGUUUCAAAAGAUCCUUUUCCUCCGACUUAUUAAUUGUAUUUUUUUUUGUUUUUUUUAAUUAUAAAUCUCCAAGGAGUUUUUCAAUGGGGCCCUACAUAUAUAGAUAUCAUAAUAUGUUUUUUAUAAAGGUAAAAUAACCCUAAAAAAUCUACUGUACAAACAAGUAAACAAUUACAUGCAAUAAAUUAAAUAAGCUUUGAAAUUACGUGCCAAUAUAGCCAGGGAGCAGCGUGGCAGCUUCUUCAAACAACUUAGCAUCAAAUGUGAUAUAACAACUGCCCAAAAUAGACAAAAAAAACUUCUGGACGUUUCUACCUGAGGGCUCAGGGCCUUCGUGUAUUCUAACUCUUAUGACGAAGGCCCUCAGGUCGAAACGUCAAGAAGUGUUUUGUCUAUUUUAGGCAGUUGUUAUACCACAUUUGAUGCUAAGUUGAUAAAAUAAUUAGUUAAUGUUUUCAAGUUUCGCAAUUCUAACGAUAAAUAAUUCCAAACAUUUAAGGAAUGAUAGUAGAGGCGUUGUUCUCCCCAAUUCCUCUUAAGGUG